AAGUUUACAGUGCGCUGGACUUUUACAGAGUUCAGUGUUGUGCGCUCUCGGUGCGUCACACGCUCAAACCCUCCACUGGAAGCGCACGACUCCAGACUCCUCUACAUGCAAAUACAACAAGACUCCAGCUUCUUCUCUCUGAACACAGCGGGCUUCGUUUCCUCUGCAAGCUUGAAUUCGCUUCUACUUGUGGCUGCUGCACCUUAGGACUGAAAUGGAUGUCAUCCCUAUGUGUAGCAUCUUCCAGGAGCUCCAGAUUGUGCACGACACCGGAUACUUUUCAGCUUUACCGUCUCUGGAAGAGUACUGGCAGCAGACAUGCCUGGAGCUGGAGAGGUACCUCCAGAGCGAGCCGUACGUCUCUGCUACCGACCUCAAAUUUGAGAGCCAGGAGGACCUGUGGAGCAAGCUGAUGCUCGCCUGCGGGGACAAGUCGAACGACCAGGACCCAAAGAUCCCCCACAUCAAGGACGAGGAAGACAAUCAGGACAUCCAGCACCUGGACGCCGGUGGCUUCAACUCUGACGCCAGCAGUGAGGCCUCUGACAGCUCAGAGGAGCUCUCCCCGACCCUCGACUUCUCCUCUGGCUCUUUAAAUGACAUACUGGGAGACGCCGGUGAAGACCUGGGCUCGGCCAUCAGCAGCACGCCGCCGUCCUCACCGGAGCUUGGUAAGGAGGGUUCUGUCGCGAAGGUGUGGAGUGGGAUACAGACUGUGCUGCACUCGCCAGGGAAAAUAAGGACUGGGGGAAUGGAGAGGUCAGGGCUGACCAGCGGGGAAGGGUCCCCGGACGGCAGGAGGCGGGUGCACAGGUGUGAAUUCAACGGAUGCAGGAAGGUGUACACCAAAAGCUCCCACCUCAAAGCACACCAGCGCACACAUACAGGUGAGAAGCCCUACAGGUGUUCAUGGGAGGGCUGCGAGUGGCGCUUUGCACGAAGCGAUGAGCUCACCAGACACUUCAGGAAGCACACUGGAGCAAAGCCAUUCAAAUGCAGUCAUUGCGACAGGUGUUUCUCUCGCUCAGACCACCUGGCACUCCACAUGAAGAGGCACAUCUAAGAUGGCCGCCGUGUUCAGAGCUCUGAGGGAUGAUUCUGGUUGAUUGUCCUGACCUGUGGGGGAUCAGCGAGGCCGGUGUGUCCUGGGAGCGUUAACAGGGGCACGGCCGUGUUCCAGUCAGUGGAAAAAGAUGAAGCAACGCAGGCUAUUAUUUGCACCAUACUUAGUGCCUCCAACACCUCGCUGUGGAGAUUGCUCUUGAAAGGCUUUUAACAGAGGCGACAGGAGAGAGAGACUUGGAAAAAUCUGGUCUGGAGACAAUGGAAAGAGACUCUUCUGUAUGGUGUUCAAUGCUUUUUUCCUGGAGGAUUAUGGGACUCCUGCGGGGGUGCCCUUCUUCCCUCCAAUGACAGUGUGUUUGCCUGUGCGCAUGGGGGACUGUGAGUGCCUGCGACUGGAUGCCUGUGCUGGCUUUCUGGAGUGGAUGGAGCUUGCAUUGUGGAACCGCGAGUGAAUGACACAGAGAGGAUGAUGUCUUUUGGGCGGGGGGAUACGUGUGGUCUCACUGAGAGUGAAUGCAAGCAUUAAAAGGGGUUGUGUUUGUGCUGUUUGAGUCUGUCGGCUGUGGCGUGGGGGAAGAAACGGGGUUGUGUUGUGGAGCAGGUUUGCUAGAGAGCGCCCACUUUCUGUGCGGAGGAGGAACUGCAGCUCCAUAUUCAAACAUGAGAGGUCGUUUUGUUUAGUGCAGCUAUUAAAUGUGCAAUGUAUUAUGUAGCCUGUCUCAAAACAUACAUGCUAUAAAGCUCAUUUUGUUGUCCACUGUGUAAGCUCUGUAUCUAAAAAGAAAAAAAACAAUGGUUGUACACAAACAGUUAUCGCCAUUAUAACAGAAGUUGCAUGGGAUCUGGGGAUGUGUUGCUCACCUGUUUGCUUAUAGGACAACAAAAUUCUAUUCGAGAGCAGCUACUUUCAUGUUACUCAAUAUCAUAGUAUUGUACAAAACACAUAAGGCAGUCAUUUUGUUUGAUUUCUCGAUAAGUUGGGGAUACCACUAUUGCUCGGCAACUGUCUUGAUCAUGGGAUUUUUGUUCCUUUUUUCUUCACUUUGGCUCUUUUCUCUUAUUUCUAUCUGUAAAUGCACUGUUAACCUUACUGAUGCCUUAUGUAAGUGGCCUUGUCCUGUUUAAUAGAUCCUUCUCUCACACAAAAACACACCAAACGGGGAUUGCGAAUGCACUAGUGCGGUAUUGAAUUGCUUUACAAAGGCUCUGAUCCAUACAGUCGCACCUUUUCUCCCUUCUGUCUCAUGGCAGACUCCUCCACACUCCGAUUUAAUAAAUAAAAAAGCAUAUAUUAGCUUCAUAAUGACUGCCAUCUUUACAUCCUUGUGCAUUAUUUGUUGAAUAUAUCAUAUAUCAAAUCCUAUUCCCUAAAAAGACCCAGGUGUGAGACAGAAAUGUGGAGCACUUAGUAAUCUGUAAAGGUUUACUACUAUGUAGUAUAAAGAGGUGUGGGUGCACUUCAGACGGACUGUCAAAGGUACAUAGUCUUGGAAAUAUGUUCUCAUGAAAUAUGGCAUGCUCAGUCAAAUUAGGAUUAACUGCAAACAAAACAUUUACAGUCCACUCUGGUCAGCUGAUGUGUCAAAAAGCUUCCAGUUAAAACAAUGACGACACUCUCUAUCAUGAGUCGGUUUUCGUGUUGUGUGUUUUGGAAAGUCUCGCCCUCAGGGUGAGUCCGUAUCUUUACUCAGUCCGGGUUUAAACAACCCGUGAUCUGACUAAAUGGUAUCAAAACCGGUCGGACCAGUUCAGCCGAGCCGCGCUGCAGGUCUAGAGGUUUCUGUCUGCAUCUGUAGGUGAACUGAGAGGAGACCAGAUCUGUGUCAACUUCACUUUAUGCAUGUUUUUACUUCAGUUACUGUACAUGACUUCAACGCACUCCUCCGUGGGUUGAUAUAAUCUUUAUUCUUUUAAUGAUAUCCCUUCAGUUUCACAAUUGGCCAAAAAUCCAUCACUGUUUUUCAUAUUUCUGUGUAAGAUUGGAAUCAUUCUGGGAGUGCUUUUAGUGGACAACAUAUCUUGGGUGAUGCCGAGGUCAGACCACAUGACCUUUUAGUUUGUUACAGAGGUCACUAUGUCAGAUUAGGCGAUCACAGAGCCAUAAAUUCAUGCUGUGACUUGACUGACAGGGGUGACAGACUACACGCUGAUACCUGAUACAUUUUAGUUGACCUAGCCUGAGGGAAAGAGGCAGUGUUGAGGCCGGCCUUAAGGCUCCUCGCUAAUAGCUACGGUGUGCUGGCCUGUAAGUCAAGUCAGCCAUGCCUCUGAUUAUGUAAAAACUUAUAACUUUGAUCACUUCAAAAUUCACCCCCUGUACAAUGUGUGCCUUUAGAGAAAUUUGCUAUUCAGACCAAAACUGUUUUUUGAACCAGGCUGUAAACACGUUAACUUUUACUGUAAAGAUCUUUUUUUUUAAUGGGUGUGUAUGUGGCUUCCGGUGCUUUUGGAGCCAGCCUUUAGUGGCCACUGGUGCAACUGCAGUUUUUGGCACAUCUGCAUUGGCUCCAUUUCUGAAGACCAGCGGUUACAGCUUAGAUUGGACACAUUGUAAAUGGCAGAAAGAAAAAUCAAACAUACUAGACUUUCUGUUGGGAGGUUGUCUCAGAUUUAGCCCUCAUUGUUGUUCAUGUAAAUGUGCCGGAUCGUGUUCUGUUGUGCUUCUAUCAUGCAGUCUGACCUCGGCAUAAGGUUUGUUUAAAGGUCAUCAAACUUGUUGACGUCUAUCAUUCAGAGGUCGACCCUCAUAGUCAGCCUUGUUGUGACUCAACAACUGUACAGUAAACCCAGGUCAACAUUAAAGGAAGUCCAAACACUGAGAAAUGUCAAACUUGCAAAAAUGUACAUUGUAAAAGAGAAUUUUGUAAGGAAGCUUCUAUUUUGAAAGGGUAUGGGACCAAAAACAAGUGCAGUGUGUUGUUUCUAAAGAUGAACCAAUAAAGACGAGGCUGAAGAGUUAUUGUAAAAUAAUCAAACUCUCCUUUCACCUUCA